AUGGCGGCGAGCGGCAGGUCGCUGGAGGUGGUCGCGGGGGACGGCAGCCCGAGGAAAUGGAGCAUGUCCCUCAAGGAGGACGUCUUCGCCGCGUUCCUCGCCGGAGACGAUGGCGGCGCUGCCGCCCGCCGCGUCUUCGCCGAGGCCUCCCUCUUCAGCCCGCUGCUCUUCGGGAGCUUCUUCGACCCCGCCGAUGCCUUCCCUCUCUGGGACUUCGAUCCCGACGCCAUCCUCGCCGCCCGCCGCGGCGUCGGGUGGUCGGAGACGGCAGCAGAGUACGUUCUCACGGCGGCGCUACCAGGCGAGCUCCCGAUCUCUUCCCACUAUCGCUCAUGAUCAUCUGAAUGCGGAUUUCUUCCGUUGCUCCAUCGAAAUCCUUCGGCUCUCUCAUUUCGAUCGAAUUCUCCGAACAAACCACAAAAAUUCCUGCACAGAAAGCAACACAUUCAGAUCAUUCGAGCGACUCCGCGGUUUCCGGAGAAUCGACUCAUUUCUUGUGAUCUAUAAUGCUCCGGGAUGGGAUCAUGUUGAUGAACAGAGGCGGCGAGGGAAGAUCUAGCGGUGGCGGUGGAGAAGGGGAGGGUGGUGGAGAUCAGCGGCCGGUGGCGGCGGCGGCGGAGGCGAAGGGAGGAGGAUUCCGGCGAGAGGAGCGACUGGAGGGCCGGGGAAUGGUGGGAGCUCGGAUUUGUCCGGCGACUGGAGCUGCCGGAGGAUGCUCGCCCCGCCACGGCGGUCGCCGCCGUCGACGGCAGCGGCCUCUUGGAGAUCAGGAUCCCGAGGAGAAGCUCCUCGCCGGAGGCCGGCGGCGCCGAUGGCCGUGCGGCGGAGCCCUAA